UGAUAAGUUACUCCAGUUGCUGCAAAAACAUCCGGGCGCUUCCGAUAAUUUGACAGAUGUACGCAUGUACGGAAAUGUAAAUACUACCAACUUCCUUUUUGAGCCGGUGUAAUGGCGUCUGGGAAAUUGUUCACAUAUCCAGGCAAUUUUAGAGCGUUCAAGGCUCUAAUUGCUGCCGAAUACAGUGGUGCCAAAGUGUCAGUGGACACAAGUUUUAAGUUUGGUGACACCAAUAAAUCUAGUGCUUUCUUGUCAAAGUUCCCUCUCGGAAAGGUACCUGCAUUUGAAGCAAGCAAUGGUGACUGUAUUUUUGAAAGCAAUGCAAUAGCUCACUAUGUUGGAAAUGACCAGCUGUUGGGCAAGACACAAGCAGAUGCUGCACGUAUACAACAAUGGAUUAACUUUGGUGACAAUGAGAUUCUUCCAGCGUCAUGCACAUGGGUCUUUCCCUGCCUGGGAAUCACACAGUUCAAUAAACAGGACACAGAGAAAGCAAAGGAACAGAUACAGAAGGCUCUAAGUGUGUUGAAUAGUCACCUGAAGACCCGUACCUACCUUGUUGGUGAAAGAAUUACACAGGCUGAUAUUGCCGUCGCUUGUGAUCUGCUGCUCGCCUACCAAUAUGUACUUGACCCAUCAGUUCGUGGAUCAUAUGUUAAUGUCAACAGAUGGUUUACAACACUCAUUAAUCAACCUAACUUCAAGAAGGUUAUUGGUGACUUCAAACUUUGUGAUAAGAUGGCAACAUUUGAUGCCAAAAAGUAUUCAGAGUUGCAUGGCUUAGAUAAAAAGAAGAAGGAUGAGAAGCCUGCUAAACAGAAGAAAGAACAGCCAAAGCAGCAACCAAAACAAGAAAAAAAGAAGGAGCCCGAGGAUGAUGAUGAACCACCUAAACCAAAGGAAGACAAAGAUCCCUGGGCUACUGUACCCAAAACUUCAUUUGACUUUGAUGCCUUUAAAAGAACUUACUCUAACAAUGACACUAUUGAAGUGGCUGUACCUUAUUUCUGGGAGAAAUUUGAUAAAGAAAACAUGUCAAUCUGGCAUUGUGAAUACUUGUAUCCAGAUGAAUUGAAAAUGAUCUUCAUGACCUGCAAUCUUGUAGGAGGAAUGAUGCAGCGUUUGGAAAAAUUAAGAAAGUUUGCAUUUGGAAGUAUGUGUAUACUUGGACAAGACAAUAGCAAUCAAAUCUCUGGUUUAUGGUUUUGGAGAGGACAAGAUUUAGCAUUCCCUUUGAGUCCUGACUGGCAAAUAGACUAUGAAUCCUACAAAUGGACAAAACUGAAUCCAGAUGAUGAAAAAACUAAAAAGAUGGUUAAAGAAUACUUUGCAUGGGAAGGAGAUUUUGAUGGUUAUGGUGGCAAAAAAUUCAAUCAAGGAAAAAUUUACAAGUGAAAACUGUCAUAUUUUGUGCAUAACUACAGUCAAGUUAUUUAUUUUGCUGAAAAUGUGCUCGUUGAAAUGGUUGGUGCAAAGAGAAAAUAAAGAGAAAAAACUUA